AUGCAGGACGAGCUGGUCGAGAGGAUCCGGCGUUUCUCCGUCUCGGAUGACCCGCUUUCCACUGCAACUGCAGAGACCUUUGUCGAUGCUUUUUCGCCGGUUUCCCAUGCACCCGUUGCUCCGUCCGAUGCAUCUUCAAGCUCCUCUGGCAGCAGAUCAGCGCUGAUCAAGCUCAAACUGGCUCGCAGCACUGCGCUUCUCACGCUUGCUUCGCGCUCUUCCUCAGCGAAUGCGAGGACGCCGCUGAACGGCGGAAAAGCCGAUUCCUCGCGCCCAAAUGUAGUCGACGAGAACAUAGCGCAGCUGCUGACGCCGCUUAUCCGAUCCAGGCUGGCUGACACAACACCACAUAGUCUCUUGUCGGCCCUCAACUUCUUCUCGGCACUCUUUAGCGUUCUGCCUUCCGAAGCUCACGACAUUCUCACAGCGGACGGUAUCCUGAACCUCGUGCUCGAAGCACCCGACGCCUGUAAUGCUCUCACACGGCGAAAUGAAGAAGGCCUGAAGAAUGACAUCGAAGGGUCCUUUCUGGCUCUAUCGGACGAGGAGCUGGGAAGUCUGGCGGUCGCCGAGCUCUUAUCGUCCGCUGCCAACUCAACGGCCACAAGAAAAUAUCUGGCCAGCCAGCAAGCCGUCCUGGACUGGUUCGACAUUUCCGGUGCCCCACACAGCUCUACAGGCCUAUCCAGCAAAGCGUUCCGAUCGAAUGCCGUCGCGAUCGUUGCCGGACUCGCCGACGUCAAAGUGUACCGUGCAAUCGACUCGGAAGCUAUGCACGGGCUCACUCAAUCUGCAUCCUCGCAGCCAACAUCGCAACAAGAUCACGUUCGCAAGAUCCAAGAAAGCAGGCUGGAACGGAAACGCAAGGAUUAUACCCUCUACCAGACGACUCGGGCCGAAUUGGUAGGCAUUGUCACGAAUCUUUGCGCCCCGAAGGACACGACGUUUGCUGCUGAGCUCAGCCAGGACAUUCGCCGAACUGUCGAGCUAAGCUGCCUCGAGGUUCUCGCUUAUCUCACCGUCCAGUCGAGCUUCAAGGAGCGCGUGGCUGAAGACGAACAGCUGCUGGACGUCCUAUGUACAGGUUUCAAGAUGACAACGCCACGAACAUCCGAUCGAGACCUGACAACGGACAUCGACAGCCGAAGGUUCCAUGGUGCGCUUCAGCUAGGUCUUGUCACCAUCUUGUCUAACGUGACCGCAUACCCACCCGUGUUUACGGCGGAGGAGAAGCAGGUUCGACGUCUGCGCAAGUUUGCCAACGCGCAGGGCGACAAGCAGGGAGGCAGUCAAGCACAGCAGGAUGAAGAGCCUGAGACGGCUGCGCGAGUAGAGCAGAGAUGCACAGCCGUAUUCGAGGCCAAAGGAAUAGAGACACUCUGUGCCAUUGCCGUCACUGGUCCACCUCCCUCAUCGAGCAAGAUUUCUUCAGAGGACACCAAAGACGUUGCCAGCUGGAAAGUCAACCCUAGCAAAAGUGUGCGUCGAGCCUGCGGAGCCGCUUUACUCGCGCUGCUAACCAAGCAAGAUCGCAUCAUGCGUGGCAAGGCAGUACAGCAAGGUGCGCUCAAGGCAGUACUGGCGCUAUCAGCUCCGAUACUGCACGCUCUGCAGACAAAACAGUCGAAAGCGGGAGGCAUCUUCGCGCGCGCUUCCGAAGCAUCAGCCACAGCCGAAGUCAGCGCAGAGGAUCUUGCGCCGUUGCAAGCAUUGGCCAAGCUGCUCAUCUCUUUGAACCCCAGCCUGCUCUUUCCUUCCUCAGACGGGCUUCUGUCCGUGGCGUCGGUCACAUGCAGUCUUUUGCUGUGUCCUUCGGCAUCCCGACUUCAAAAAUUCGAGGCGCUGCUGGCGCUCACCAACUUGGCGUCUCUUUCGCCAGAAGUUUGCAUGAGAAUCGCUCAAUUCUCUCUGGAGCAUGCUGAGGAGGCAGAGGGAGGCGAAGGUAAGGACGCGAAUCAGGUGUUCAGCACCACAUCGGUGCUUGCACAGGCGUGCGAGCAACUGCUCAUGGAGGAUCACGUCAUGGUACGAAGAGCGUGGAUCGAGCUUCUGGUGAACUUGCUGCAGGUCGAAGCCGUGUUCGGCUACUUUGUUGCCGUGGAUCGCCCUUCGGCAGCGAAAUCCGCAUCCGAGCCUCAAGACAGGCUAUGUUUGCGUCUCAGAAUGCUUCUAGGUCUUUCGGAAGCCGAUGAAUGGGCGUAUAUGAAAAAAAACAAAACGACCGCAACCAACGAGACAUCUGAUCCAAGCUCCGAGGGCGACGGAGGUGGAGAAGCAUCGCUCGCCACGAGGAUGGCCUCGCUGGCGGUGCUGGCAACAGUCACAGAGUCAAGCACAGCCAUCGAGGCUCUGCUGACACUCGAACGACUCUUUCCGGUCUUGCUUGGGAAUCUUGUGCUAGAUAGAUCCGAAGAUGAAGAAAGGAAUCACUGGGAGCGAGCAGACCUUGAGCCAGCGGUGGCAGAAGCAAACCGAAGCAGCAAAGAUUUGGGAGCGGAGGCGCAUCUCAACGGCAUCAAUUUGAGUCUACGAGCCAGCUACGUGCUGCUCAACGUCUUGCAAUACUUGAAGGUGCACAAAGACGGGAUCCACAAGUUCAAGGCGAGAUUCGAUCAAGCCCGAAUCCUUUCUUCAUUGCAGCAGAUCCUCGGCUAUCAUAUCAAGCAGCUGCAACAGGCUUCAGGGCCAGCUCACGUCCAGGAUGCGCGCAAAGGACUCUUGCAGGUGAUGGCCGAGUGCCUGAAGCUGGUGAAGGACAUAUGA